AGACUGAAUGCGUCUUCGGGAUGAGGAAGCUAGCCCGCAGGCCGAAUGUUCAAAAGCAGUUCAACCCUACCAAGGGCGCCACCUUCGGUUCGGGCGACACGCCUGACGCAACUCAACAAAGUUGCACCGUCUCGGUUUUGGAUUUUGCCACUUCGCCGCCGCCCCGGCCGCCGGAGCCGAGUAAGCGUAAUAGUGGCGGUCCCGCUGUCGAGCCUGACGCCGGACAGGCCGCGGAACGAUACCGCAUGCCGGAACUAUUCGUCGACCGCAUCAUUGACCGAGCUCGUAAAGCCCCCAGGCGAUCGAGGCCUGUAACUGAGAGUAUCAAUUACGUCAGAGGAAACGGCAUAUUCGGCGGCACCAGCAACUUGACUUUCUUUUCCGAGAGCAGACUAAAGUCUCUUUCGCAAUGUCUCGGUCAUGAUAGAGUCAAUGACUUGGUAGGGCGGAUUGCCAGUUCGGUUGAGGACCGGAUACGAGCCGUGAAGCAGGUCGGCUGCAAUCUCUCUCGGCCGGCCGAUCGACCAUCAUGCCUCGAUGACAAAACCCUUGUCGCCAAGUACAUCCAACUGUACUUCAAACGAAUCCAUCCCCGUUUUCCAUUCCUGGAUCGCGCGUCCUUCGAGUCCGCCGCCGCCAACCAGGAAAAGCCCAACUCGGCGCCGAGAAGCAAGUCCUGGACCUGCCUCUACCACACAGUGCUCGCCCUGGGCUGCCAGUACGACGGCGGAGGCAGCUUCGAGCCCACCGAGGGAGAGUCCUGGAAGCUGUUCUCCAUCGCCCUCGCCAACUUCACGGACCUGAUGGUGCUGCCGGACACGGUGACGGCGUUUCAAGCGGUGACAGCAAUGUUCAUCUACUCUCUCGGCGUGGCCGGGAUCGCGCUGGAGCACAUUCUCAUGUCCGAGGCCAUACGGAGAGCCCAGAACCUGGCCGACGCCAAGUUCAUCGGUCUCGCGGCGGAUGCGUACAACAGAACCUUCUGGGUGUUGUACUCUCUGGAGAAGGUCACAACCUUUCACCAUGGAAGACCGUCAGGCAUCGUCGACUGUGACAUAGCAUGUCCGAUCCCUCAUACCCCCGAUUCGUUCUUCUCUGGCGAUUUCGACUGGUUUCUGUGCUUCGUCACCCACGCGCGCCUGCUGUCGCGAGCAUGCACGUCGCUCUUCGCCGUCGGCGUGUCUCACUACCCUGGCGAUUACUACCUGGACGUCAUCGAACAGCUGACAGUAGAGCUGGAGGACUGGAGAAGCUCCCUGCCGGACAAUGGUUUCAGGCCAGGCGGCCAGACAAAGGCUCACUCGAUCGUAGAUGACCAAGAGCGCACGGUAGCGCUGGCGACGCACUUCCUCUACUACAGCUUCCUCUUGACGAUGACGAGAAUGGCUCUGAGGCAUCUCCCGUCCUCGGAAGCCCCGCCUGACUGUGCGCGGCGGGAGUCUGCGAUGAAGACCGUCGAGCAUUCCGCCAGAUCGCUGCUCGAACUCGUCCCCAUCAUAGACUUGGCCCCCUACACCCCGAUAUGGAUGAUGGCUGGUAUUCCCGUCAUGGCCUUCUUCGUCCUGUUCGACCUCGUCAUCCACAACCCCCGGCAGCAACAGACAGCAACGAACCUGGCACUGCUCGACGUCAUGAGCACACACUGCAAUCGGAUGGAUGUCUUGUCAAGCGGCGCGUUACCUGGCGAUUUCAUCGGAGAGUUCGCACACAUCGCCCGAAGCUAUGUAAUCGAGGUCAACCGCCGAAGCCCGACCGGUAACACGCCCCAGGCACCGUCGAGCACGUUACAGGGAUCCUCCUUCAGCCCUCAGUGGUCGCUACCAAGCGUCGAUAACUACGGGUUCACGCCGCUUCAAGUACAGCCCGGCUUCUCAGACAUGAGUCCGAUCCCGGCGUCGCAUCCGGCGGAAUCUAUGGACGCGGAUGAAAUGAUGAUGGCUGCGAGCCACCCUGCCGGAACCGACGUGAUGAAUCUGUUUGGCGUUUGGAUUCCUGAACUGGAGCCCAUGUUUUAUCAAGGCGUUUUAGGCCAAUAUGAUGGGGGACUCCCAGGUGCUCAACAAGGCCUUGGUCCUACGCCGAGCCUUUCGUAUGAGUACGACAACAACUCGUAGCGUUUUCAUUCUUUCACGCUCGGUUGCGAUAUGGUGGCGGCUAUUCAAAUGGUUAUGGAUUAGACUUGCAGUCGAAAAGAGAUCAGAGUAGGAGUUUGGUAGUAUUCCAUCUCAGUUGCACAAGCGUUCCGACAUGCUUCACUCCAGUUACAUCAACCCCCUGAUGAUGAAGCCCCGUCCAUGUACAAAAAAUCGGUUGUCUAGCGUUCCAAGAAGAAGAAAAA